AAAUUCCAUGUUUGCUUUUUUGUAUUAAAUAGUUUUUUUUAGAGAAUUAUAGUUAAUUAAAUAUAAUGAAAUGAUAUAUUAAUAUUAUAUGAGCUACACCAUAGCUAGUGCUUCCUUGUUCUGCAUUUAACCACCAAUGUAAUUAGAAAAAAAAAAAGAGAAUCCCCCAGCUAUAAAUGUAUUUUAACUAUAAUGUAGAUCACAUACAAAUGUCCAGAAAUAAGCAUACAACUGUUUAAUUGAUCAUCUCAGUAGAACUGUAAUAAUUUCAUAAUAAAUAAUAACAAUAAUAAACAUAACAAUUAAGCACAAAUGUUAUGACAAUAUUGAAAACUAAUUGACUUACACAAACUAACUUUAUUAAGAAUUUAAUAGUAAAAAUGACAAUUUUAAAUUUAUAAUAGUUAAGUUGUUGAAAAAAAAAGGAGCUCCUUUCCUACCUCUCUAAUUACUAAGGCUUCCUCCAAAUAUAUUAAUAUUUCCUAAUUGGUGUAACGGCGAUAAUUAAAAUUGUCAAGUUCAAAAUUCCAAUUGCAUGUAGCUCACUCUGUCUGUAUCUCUCGCUCUCUCUCACGCUCUGUCACUAUUCCGCACUCUCUCGCACUCUCUCUCUCACUGUUCUCAAACUGUUCUCACUGAUAGCCUCCCCUGAGAAACCUCCUCUGAUAAUAAUCAAGUUCGGUUCUCCAAGUUCAGUCCCCACUUCCUCUAGCCCCUGCCCAGCCUUGAGAGUCUGCACUGUUAAUAUAGCAGUCAGAACUUCCUCUUCAGUUCAGACAUGUAUCUGGCUCUUCUCAGACAGCACUUGCUAUGGAGAUGGACAGCUAUGAAUCAGAUCAGGUUUAUGAAAACGUGGACAUCAAGCAGCCGCCAAGCAGGAGAGCAGGAGCGCAACAUGGGGCACUAGCUCUGGAGAUGAACGACUAUGCAUCAGAUUAUAUCUAUGCAAACACAGACAGCAAGCAGCCCCCAUGCAUAAGACCAGGAGAGCAACAGUGGAAAUCGGCAGCACCUGUGGAUUCUUCUGAUAGACAAGCAGCUUCCUGUGGAGGGGCUGUGUGGUUGCUUAUAGCUCUGAGCUGCCUGCUGUUGGCAGCCGGUGUAGCCCUGGGGGUGCUCUAUUUCAAGCUCAGUGAAAGUCAUUCAGGGCUGCUGGGUGAGAGUAGCAGGCUCAGUGAAAGUCAUUCAGGGCUGCUUGGUGGCUAUAGCAGGCUCAAUGACACGCUCUCUGAACUGCAGAGAAACUACAGCAGGCUCUCUGAAUAUCAUUCACAACUGCAGAGUAACUACAGCAGGCUCUCUGAAUCUCAUUCACAACUGCAGAGAAACUACGGCAGGGUCCAAGAUGAAAAUUCAGACAUGAAAAAGAAGAUUGCUGCUGUUUGUGUCAAAUCCUCUUCAAAGGAGCGGGUUUGUAAAGCCUGUCCAGUGAACUGGGUGGAGUCCAAUGGAAAGUGCUACUACUUCUCACCUGAUAAAAUGGACUGGCACUCCAGCCGGUCUAGCUGUGUGUCAAUGGGAGCAGACCUGGUGAUUAUAGAGAGCGAGGCAGAGCAGAAAUUCUUACAUGAGAAUGCUAAAAAGAAUUACCACUGGAUUGGCCUGACAGACGCUGUUACUGAAGGAGUCUGGCUCUGGGUGGACGGCACUCCUCUCAAUGACAAGGCAAAAUUCUGGUACGGUAAUGAGCCUGAUGACUGGAAGGAAGUGGACUCAUCCGGAGAGGAUUGUGCACAUCUGAAGUUCUUGGAAGAUCCCCUUAAGGACUGGUUUGAUGGAACGUGCAGACUGGGACAAUAUAAUAGGAUUUGUGAAACCAUGGCAGUGAUAAUCAAUAUAUAAAACCAAUGUGGGUCUGUUUCACUUUCUCUCUCUAUUUAGAAAGCAAACAAGCGAAAAAAUGAACCACAAGUUACUUACAUUUUAAGUUU